AUGCCUUGUCCUGAUGCUCAACAGGUUCUCUAUGGGACUCAUAUGUUAUCUGAGGAAGCAGAGUACUGGUGGGAUAAUGCACGACAUAGAUUUCGGGCUUCAGGUACCAUGGUAACUUGGGUUGUAUUCGGAGCAACAUUCCUGGAGAAAUAUUUUCCCGUAGAUGUGCGUAACAAGAAGGAAAUUGAGUUUUUGAAUCUAAGCCAGGGGAAUAUGUCAGUGGCAGACUAUGCUGCAAAAUUUGAAGAACUUGUCAGAUUCUUUCCACACUACAACGUUGCUGGUGCUGAAGAAUCCAAAUGCAUCAAGUUUGAGAGUGGACUUCGCCCAGAGAUCAAGCAGUUUAUUGGUUAUCAGGAGAUCCUUCAAUUUCCAGUUCUAGUUAACAAGUUUCGUAUUUAUGAUGAAGACAGUCGUUCAAGAUCUGCUUAUUACAAAAGUGCUAGUGAUAAGAGGAAUGGUAACCAGCAUCACAACAAAACUUAUGUUAUUCCAGAUGGUAAGGGAAAACGGAAAUUUCAGCAGAAGAAUAACAAUAACAACGGGAAGAGUCAAAGUGGGGGAGGUGCUCCUAAUUCGAUCAAGUGCUUCAAAUGUGGUGUAAUUGAUCAUUGUGCUUCAAAUGUGGUGUAA